AUGUCUAGUAAAAAAGAUAAACUAUCUAGAACUCCAGUAAUGGAGAACAUAGUCAAUGCAUUACUUUGUGCUGCAAACGAUGGUGAUGAAAAGGUCAGAACCACUGUCAUUGCUUCCAUCUAUGAAAUUGGUUUCCGUCAACCAAAUAUUGUAUUGUCAUUGGCUACUGAAUAUUUAAACAAGAAUCAAAAGAUUGACCUAACACAUAGAGUAACAUUAUUGAAAUCAGUUCAUUCUAUUCUUGGUGAAAAGAGAGAUGAGAUUGUCGAUUCAUUGUCACAACAAUUGAUUCAACUGUCGGUGGCUGAAAUGACCCGUGACAAAGAGGUUGUACCAGAUUGGCAACAAGCAGCCUCUUCUUUAAUCGUUUCUCUUGGCAUGCGUUACCCAACUCAAAUCAUGGACGAGUUGUUAAAGAGAUUUGAAACUGGUACCAUCCCACAUUACUUUGUAAUGAAAACACUUGGUGAUUUCAUUGGUGCCAAUCGUAUGUUGCAAUUAUCAAUUCCAACAAUCCCAAGAAUUAGAGAUGUAUUAUCAAGAGUAUUACCAAUUUUGGGAUCAAUUAAACACGAUAAUAUUAAAUGGGUAUUUGCAGCAGCUUUGGGACACUUUGCCGAUGGUAUAGUGUCGUAUGUUUCCAAUAUAGAGGCGGGUAGUGACAAAACAUUGACAUUGUACUCGUUUUCAAGCGAGUUUUAUCCUGCUCUCGAACUCAUGUUUAGCAAGUGGUUGUCAACCAACCAAGAAAAGGUACGUCUGGUGGUCAUCCAGGCAAUCGGCUCGAUUUGUGCUAUUCUCUCGGUUGAACAACUCGACUCGCAGAUUAACCGUAUUGUCACGGGUGUCUUGUCACAUUUGAAAAAGGAAAAGGAUUUGUUACCCGUCACACAAGCAUUAUGCGCACAUCAUCUCGCGUCUCGACCCAGAACUCGAGGACAAGAAGAGCUUGAUCUUGUCGGCGAUCAAGCCAUUGAUUCUCAGCGAGACAUCGUUGUUUGUCAAAAAGUAUUUGGCACAGGUUGUCAUCUCGAUGGCGUCGCACCAGUACAUCCAAUUGCAGGGUGCAGCCAUAUCGUCGACACGGAGAUUGGUCGUCCUGCACCAGCCGCCCCACCCAAAAAGAGUGAUGUGCCAGCCGACAUGAAUGUGACAGAGAUUGAAUUUAGAUCGAUUUGCGACAACAUUCUCAACCUCAUCACCACCACCAUCCCCGACAUGGAGAGUGUGUUGUGGCCAUACCUAUUUGAGGCUGUCACCCCAGCCGACUAUACUGGCGCCGUCCCCGUCGUUGCCAAGUGUAUCACCUACAUUGCUGCCAACAAGCGUGAGACUGACGCACCAGACUAUUUUAUCGAUUUUGACAAGGAAGUCAAUUUGCCCAAACCAACCGCCAUCAUUGCACGUCUCUUUGUACUGCUCUCUACCCCACACCGUCGUAACCAAAUUGGUGUGCGUGUACUUGAACUCAUGCGUAAUAUUGGUCCUAUCCUCCAUCCAUCUAUCUGUGACAUGUGGGAUGUUACUCUGCCCAAGUUAAUCCACUUCCUCGAAGAACACCCUGAUUCCUCGGAAACAUGGAACAAGACACAAUGGGAAGAACUUGUCUUGCGUCUCUUGUCCGAGACGAUCAAGAACGCUGCCGACGACGAGUGGACCGUUCACCUCGGUAAUGCCUAUGCCGACCAAAUCGAACAUUACAAGCGCGACCCUAUCCUCAAACGCUCGCUCUACAAACAACUCGGUCUCCUCAUGCAAAAGUGUUCGCACAAGGAGUUUGUCCGCUCCAAGAUUGAAAUCAUGUUCAACUCGGUCGACUACACCAACGCACUCGAAAAUGAAGGGUGUGCAAUCGGUCUUGGUUACACUGCCGCCUCACACUUUGACAUUGUACUCGAAAAGAUUAGCAUGUUUAUCAAAAACAACAUGGUCAAAAAGAGUGGUUUCUUUUCUAAAAAGGGUGGUCCCAAGGGCAUCAAGAACUGCGUGCUUCAAAGUCUUGCCUAUUGCGCCACCUAUGCCCAACCCGCACUUCUCUCUUCGCGUGUCGAAGUACACAUGAUCAACCCCAUCAAACCAUCGAUCGCCCUCCUCAAAAAGCCUGCCAAAAAGAUCUCUGCCAUUAAAAUGAUCGAUCACAUUGGUAAAGCUCUUCAUCAAGAUCGUAUUCCAGGUUUCAUCUUUAAACAACGUGACGACCUUUUCAAACUUGUCAUUAGUUAUAUGAGUACUCCUCCACCAUCUGUUAAUCUUCAAACUAAAAUUGAUGGUAUUAAUGCUUGUUCAACUUUAAUUAAUCUCCAACCAUUAUUACCAAAUGAUUUAGAAAAUCAAAUUGUGAUGUUAUUACUUCAAUUUUAUAAUACUCAAAGCAGUGCAGGAGCAGCUGAUGAACAAGAAGUCAAUCAAUUGAUUACAGCCAUUAAUAAUUUAUUCUCUACCAUUUUGUUCAAUCAACCAACCAUUGCAUGUUUGAAUCGUCUCAUUCAAUAUUUGGAUCCACUAUCACGUUCAAAGGAUGGACACUUGCGUGAAAAGUCAUUGUUUUGUAUUCUAUAUUUGGUUAAAAAGUUUAUUGAAUACAGUGCCGAAUCUGAAAACUUGCCUGGCGAUAAAAAGUUUGAAAACAUUGGUACUACACUUUCAAUUGUUAUUCCAAGAUGUACAGAUCCAGAAGUUAAUAUUAGAAAAUAUGCAAUUGAAUCUAUUCAAUUAAUCCUAUAUGUUGAUUAUAUGUUAAAGACAGCAACACCAGAAAUGAGAAGAGUUAAACCAAUUGAACAUCUUCAUCCAUUAUCAUCAAUUAAAGAAACCAUUACAACUACAGAUGUUAAUGAACAAUUCCAAUCUUUAUUAGAAGUUGCUUCUGUUAUUGCUAAAAUGAUGCCAUUGGAUGAAUUACCAAAAUUCUUGGAACAAUCAUUAAAGGGAUUACAAGACCUUCAAACCUAUAGUACCAAUGGUACAUGUAUUAUAAUUAAUGGAUUGGUAAAGAGUAGAGGAGGUGAGUUGUUUGAUCAUGUUGGCAUGUUGGUCAAAGGAUUCUUGGCAGCAAUGGAAGGUAUUACAUCAGACACUACAAUGAAUGGAACAUUGGUUUCACUUCGUAGUCUUGCCAACCACCAUUUGAUUGCUGUAUUGAGUCAAUUGCUAGAGUUCCCAAUGCCACAUAGCGUUCAUGUCAUCAAGGCAUUACAGAUUGUGUCAAAGGACAAGAAUUUGGUAGUACCAACCUUUAACCAUUUGAUGGAUCUAUUGAACAACAAGCCAAUCUAUGAGGAUAAACCAGACCCCAAGGACAAGAAAAAGACAGUGCCAUCUCAGUUUAAUGUAGCACUCGCCACCACCUCGUCGCUAGGUGAGAUACUCCAAUUGGAAGAGUUGGAGGAUGUUGCCAACCACUUUUACGCACAACUCUUUUGCACGGUCUCUUUGCGUGCCGGUACCACCAACAACUCGCUCAACUCAACCUCUGAACACCCAGGUGUAGGUGGUGCCAAGGGCAAGUCCGUCACUAUCAUCCCAUCGCAGCAGUUGAUCGCCACAUUCCGCCAGUUCUUCAAGUGCACCAAGGAAGACGAGAUGCUCGAGGAGAUUGACAGCGCCAUCGACAACUUGGACAAGGUCGACUACCCCAAGUCGCUGCAAGAGAUCACUUCCAAGGUCGCUCAAGCACACCCCGACCUCAUCAAACCUAUUUUCGAGUACCUCAUCCCCUACCAAAAGAGCAACUAUGUGCCACAACGUGUAGUGACUACUGCUAUUGUCGCCGAACUCGUCAACCACUGUCCCGACAAGGAACUGUUGCAACGUCUCAUCAACACAUUGCUCGGAGCACUCGUCGAGCCUGCUAUCAAGCUCAUUUCACUCAAGGGUCUCUCCAACAUUGUGUCUUGCGGUGCCGAACAAACCAACCGUUACGCACCAACCGUCAUUGACGCUCUUUCAUCGUCGAUCGAUGAUUCGGACGAAGUUAUGGCCAUGGAAUCAAUGCUUGGUCUCUCCAAGAUCUUUACUGUCGUCGAUGAGUCUCGUGUAGCCCCCAUUCUCGUUAAUAUUUGCAACCGUAUCAAACCAGCCUUUGAGAAACCCAACGAUGAGAUUCGUGCCGCCUCUUUCACACUCUUUGGCAGUCUCUGGCGUUUCGGUGGUGGCCUUGCAUCCGAUCCCUUUUACGAGCAGAUGCAUAACAACCUUCCAUGUCUUGUAAUGCAUGUCAACGAUGAAAGUGCAGCUGUUCGCAGUGCCUGCAAAACUACCCUUCGUCAACUUUCAGCUCUUCUCCGUGCCGAUCAAGUUAAAGUGUUUUUCCAUAAGCGUUCUUUUGAUGCAGACGCAACUCUUGAUUAUGAUGAAUUCUUGGAUGAAUUAUCUAAAGUUUUGAUUACAUUCUACACUGACAGAAUUAAUUAUUUCUUAAUGACUACAAUUGAAUAUUAUAAGAGUAAUUGGGUUGUAUUACGUGGUAAUGCAGCCACAUUGACAGGAUUUAUUUUAGGAAAUAUGCCAGAGGAGAAACGUAUUAGUACCACUCUUAAUCCAGCCAUUAUCACUCAGUCUUUGAUUCGUUUACUUGGCGAAAAAUCAGCCGAAGUUAGAAAGAAGGCUGCCGAUUCAAUGUCUUAUCUCCAUACCUAUUAA